GCUAGCCAGUAGCCACUUCGAGGCAGCAACUGAUCAGCCGAUUUUGACUAAUUAGCUCACAAAAUCCCUUUCGUAGUAACAUCUCAACAUGGAUAGAUGAUGUCUGCGUAGUUGGGUGAGAGGAUCAGACGUGCUGCAGUAAUUUGUGUUUAAAAGACACGAUAUAUGGACGCAAUUGUGCUUUGCGCCUAAUCCAUUGCAAUCUUUGAAAGUAACCCAGCAUACAACCGUUCUGCAUCCUUCCAAUCCUCCUGAGGCUGCCGGCAUGGCCAACAGCACCACGACGGCAGUGAAGGGUAUCGGAGCCCCUGGCCCUGCAGGUAGAAGCAGUCCCGAAGGAUCUCAGGUGCUGAGCAAGAAGAAGCUUCAGGACCUGGUCAGAGAAAUAGACCCCAAUGAGCAGCUGGACGAGGACGUCGAGGAGAUGCUGCUGCAGAUCGCGGACGACUUCAUCGAGAGCGUUGUCACGGCCGCUUGUCAGUUAGCGCGCCACCGCAAAUCCAACACCCUGGAGGUCAAAGAUGUCCAGUUACACCUCGAGCGUCAAUGGAACAUGUGGAUCCCAGGUUAUGGCUCAGAUGAGAUUCGGCCCUUUAAAAAGGCAUGCACCACAGAGGCUCACAAACAGAGGAUGGCCCUGAUCCGCAAGACGACCAAAAAGUAGCAAGACUCCAUUGUCCUUGUAUCAAGCCCACCUUGACUUGCUUUUUUUUUUUUUUUUUUUUUUUUUUUUUUUUUUUUGAGGGAGCGGGGGUUCCUAUGUAAGGUAUAAUUAGUUUGAGAUUUGUUGACAGUGUCUCAAUCAUGUUCUCCUAAUUUUGCAGUGUAUUGCCAACAUCUUGACAUGGUAAUGUAAGUUGUUUUGUUUUCUGUUUUGUUAACACAUUCAGCUGUUUGUGUCAAUAAACAUGAUCUCUUUGGAUUGUUA